GUGACAACCCAGGAAGUGGAGCAAGCACUCUGUCCUCGUGCAGCAGCAGAGCCGAGUGUGCACAAACCCACCCGAUCGUUCUGGUCGGAAUCCUGAAUCAGAUGUUUGUUUAUGUUUGUUGACCAUCACGUGGCCUGGAUCAGAGGAGGGAAUCUGACUGGAAGCAAAACGGAACCGAAUCUUAUUUGGAACUGAAUCAGAAUCCGGGUGAGGAUCUGGAACGGAAACCAGGAGGAUCUGCUGCGUGUUGUUGUUGCCAUGGCAGCCGUAGAGUUCUCAGCUUCCUCUAAGAAGAUGAAGAAGAAGCGGGAGCUGGAGGGUCUGGUGGAAUGUUCUGAUCCGAUCAACAGUGUAACUCCUGUGAUGGUGAAGAAGAAGAAGAACAAGAAGCAAAAAAACUCUGAGGUGGAGGUGGAGAAGGUGGCGGAGGAGUUGAGCCUUCACCCCGAUGAACUGAUGCAAAGUCCAAGCAAGAAGAAGAAGAAAAUAAGCUCGGAGGUGGAGGAGGAAUUAAGUCUUCACCCCGAUGAACUGAUGCAAAGUCCAAACAAGAAGAAGAAGAAAAGAAGCUCUGGGGUGGAGGAGGUGGAGGAGGAGUUGAGUCUUCACCCCGAUGAACUGAUGCAAAGUCCAAACAAGAAGAAGAAGAAAAGAAGCUCUGGGGUGGAGGAGGUGGAGGAGGAGUUGAGCCUUCACCCUGAUGAACUGAUAAAAAGUCAGAACAAGAAGAAGAAGAAGAAAAGAAGCUCGGAGGUGGAGGAGGAAUUGAGUCUUCACCCUGAUGAACUGAUGCAAAGUCCAAAUAAGAAGAAGAAGAAAAGAAGCUCUGGGGUGGAGGAGGUGGAGGAGGAGUUGAGCCUUCACCCCGAUGAACUGAUAAAAAGUCAUAAGAAGAAGAAGAAGAGAAGCUCUGGGGUGGAGGAGGUGGAGGAGGAGCUGAGUCUUCACCCUGAUGGACGGAUACCAAAUCCAAACAAGAAGAAAAGACAAGAUAUGGAGUGUGUGGCGGAGGUGACACCACCAGAUGAAAAGAAGAAGAAACCGAUGACUGUCACCAUGGCAACCGGCUCAAACCACAAAGCAGCCAGAAAGAAGAAGAAAAAAGAUGUCAGCCUGAAACCGGAAGAAGAAAAGAAACGUAGGAAGAAGACAGGAAAGAAGAGACAGGGGAAUGAUCAAGAUGAAGAUGGUGAAGAACGCAUCAACUGGAUCCUUGUGGAUCAGCUGCAGGAGUUUAUUCCAGAUGUGAAGACGCAAGCUUCUGAUGUCAUCAAGAGGAUGCUGAAAUACGACCUUCACCGCUUCCAGACCUUCCGAGAACAAGGUGUGGCUCUGCGCUUUGGGAGGUACUCUAAGGAGGAGAAUCGAAAAAUCGUGGAAAAUGUAUCUGAUUUCCUAGCGCUGACGGGUAUCAGCUCAGCCACCGAUCUUCUGUUUCCUCAACGGUUGCAAGAGAAGGGAUUGGAGAUUAAGAGGCUUAGAGCCCAACAUCACUUCUUUGAGAGCAUUGCAGAUGGAAUCCCACGUCCCUGUGCCAGGGUCUACACUCGAGCCAGGAAGAUGUUUGACAGCAGAAACUAUCUGGGCAGGUACUCCGAGAAUGAGAUGAAAGAUCUCAGGAAGUUCCAGAAGCUCCAUGGUAACAAAUGGAAAGUCAUUUCAGAGCUCAUGGGCCGCAGCAUGCUGUCACUGCAGAAACGCUUCGUUACCAUGGAUGCAGAGACCGGUCAGUGGACAGAGGACGAAAUGUCACGGCUAAAGGAGGCAGUCAAGGAUUACCUGGAGUCUCUGGUCCCUCGAGGUUCUCCUAGUACUGCGUUGACCCUGGACCAGCUGUGCAAAAACCUACCCUGGAAAGACAUCAGUCUGAAGGUCCAGACUCGGUCCUGGGUCCAGUGUCGCGUCAAAUGGUUCAUCUUCUUGAAACAUCGAAUGACUGGAAACUUCUCUAACAGAGGACCUGAAAGCUUUCGUGCCAAGAUCUGCCUCAUCAACACGUUGUACAACAUGGAUGUGGAUGACCCUGUUGACAUCGACUGGGAUGAAGUCGCUCAGGCUGUCGGGAGGGCCACCCCUUUCUCUGUCCAACAGAUGUUCACCACCCUGAAGCGUCACAGAGUUCCGAACUGGUCCCGUUUAUCCUACGCAGACAUCAUCGACUACCUGAAGUGUCAUGAGGUUCCUUACUUAACAAGCAAAUUAAAAAUCUGGGAUGAGAGGGCGGAGCUACAAGUGCAACAGGGAGAGAACAGGUACUAUGUGAGUGACAUCUUCGACGAGGAUUGUGACAGCUGACAAAAUGGACAUCUGCUACAAAAACUGACAGGCCCCGCCCAGCUGAGUUCUCCGACCUUGAACAGGAUGUGAAUAUGCUUUUAUUUUGAAGAUUUCUGUAAAAUGAUGCAUUAUUGAAUCUGUAAACAGAUUAUUUUUAAACUGAAAUAAAGUGAGCUUGAUGCUUUGAA